AUGUCCGUCACGCUGCACACGUCUCUCGGCGACGUCAAGAUUGAGGUCUUUUGCGAGAGCGUCCCCAAGACUGCCGAGAACUUCCUCGCCCUCUGCGCAUCGGGCUACUACGACGCCUCGCCCUUCCACCGCCUCAUCCCCAAGUUCAUGGCCCAGACAGGCGCCCCCGCCACCCCCUCGCCCCCGGAAAACCCAAAAGGCGGGCGCUCCAUCUGGGGCGGCGCCUUUGACGACGAGAUCCGGCCCGCCCUGCGCCACGCCUCGCGCGGCGUCGUCUCCAUGGCCAACAAGGGGCCCGGCACAAACGGCUCCCAGUUCUUCCUCACCUUUGACAAGGCCCCGCACCUCGACGGGCUCAACACUGUCUUUGGAAAGGUCAUUGGCGACGGCUCCAUGGCCACCCUCGCCAGGAUGGAGGCGCUCGAGGUGGACAAGAAGAACCGCCCCAAGGAGCCGUUUCGCAUCGACCGCGUCACCGUUCACGCCAAUCCCCUUGCUGGCUGA